AUGAUGAGGAAGACGACGUUCAAGGGAGCGAAUGUGUUCAUCUCUAGGAAUUUAGUGCCGCCUGAGAUAUUCGAUUCGCUUCACGACGUUCUGAAAGAUAAUGGAGCGGAGAUCUUCCUGUGCUGUGAUCCUUCCCGGAAUGGACCUGAUGAUUACCACGUGAUCGCCUCUCGAGAUCAUGAAAAGUUCAAUGAUCUGCGCCAGAAAGGUUGUAAUUUGCUUGGUAUGACUGUGAGCUUACCCUUCCAGAAUGAGAUUGACAAGUUAGUGACUGCUAUGGGAGGUUUGUUGCAAAGUAAAGCAUCAUCAGACAUUAACUUUGUCAUUGUGAAGAAUGUACUAGCUGGAAAAUACAAGUGGGCUUUGAACAAUUUGAAGAAACCCAUUAUUGUCUCUGAGAAUUGGGUGCACCAGUGCUAG